AUGAAAAAGAUAUUUAAACAGAGUUGCUUUUUUCAGCACUUCAUAUUUUUUCAAAUAAAUGAGCCCUUUCACAAUAGUUGAUAUCUUUUAAACAAUUGUUGACAGAACAACCUCAACAUCAUGUUCCAAUACCUUUGUUUAAAAAUAAAUUCAGAGAAUCAACUACCUCAAAAAAUGUACAGCUCACUAACAUCACUGGAAUCAAGUUUUGAUAAACAUAAUCUUCCAUCAUCAUACAAAACAUCACUGGCAUCAAGUUUUGAUAAACAUAAUCUUCCAUCAUCUUAUAAAACAUUAAAAGAAAAAAAGAAAAACUGCACGAAAUUACUGAAGAACAAUUCCUCCGUUACUUUAUUCCCCUCAUUACAAGAAAGGAGUUUUGAUUUAGUUCCGAUGCCCAAGAUGACCUCACAUGCAAAGAGAAGAAAGUCUAAAAGCUUAACCCGCACCUUCUCUACUACUGAUAAUUUGGACAAACUUGCCAUUCCACCAGCUCGACAUCGUUUGUUUCCAGUUCAUCAACACAUGAUUAACACAAGACUGAAAAAAUUACCAUUAUUAGCAGCUAUCAAGCCUGACAAUGAACAAACUGAGAAGGCACGAUUUAUGAGAGCCAAUUAUAAUUAUAAUCCAUAUUUUUGCUAUAAAGGCUACAGCAAUAAAGAAGAAAUGGAAAAGUUCAGAAUUCCAUCUGAUCAAUACAUUUCACUGGUGGGUCACUUUUCUUAGUUAUUUUAAUAUAUCGAUAAUGAUAUUUCCACUUUUUGUUUGUUUUUAAAAGUAGAAAUUUUAAAAGAUUCACAAAUUGUUUCAAACUAAAGAUGGCAAAGCUUUUUAAGAAUAUCUCUGCACCUCUUUCUCGGCUCCUUUCAUGUGAAAUGAAUGUGAAUGUUUUAAAAUUCCUCUUGGGCAUAUUAGAAAGGUUUUAUUUUAUAUAUUUAAAAAAAACAAUGAAUUCGUUAGUUUUAAUAUUCCACAUGUGGCAACAGACAAAAGUCAUUUUUAAAAACCUUAUUAAUAAUAUUCUCCUUUUUCAUCAACAGGCUAUUUUAAUAUUGGAAAAUACUUUAGCCCACUUUGGAAGCUAUGAGCAGUUUGAUGAAAUUACUGGAGGGUCCAUUUUGACACGCUCAGAGGUUUACAGAUUUGUUAAAAAGUAAGUCCAAAGAAUGAUAGUAUAAAAGAAUAUUAACAGUUCCAGCCAGUAAACAGAGCAAUUAAAACUCUUACUAACAAUAAUGCCCAUAGUUUCCAUUCAGCUCAGGAUAGAUAACACAAUCUAGUUAAGUCUGAAAAUUGAUGAAAAUCAUUAGCCAAAUAUAAUAUUGAGAUACCAAAAUAAAUUUUAUGAUCUCUUACCACAUAACACAGAAAUUUUUCAAAGAUGGACUCUAAAUGACAUCAUUCAGGGAUUGGUUUCUUUUUUGCUUUGAAAAAGUUAAAAUUCUUUAGCUAUUUUUUUCUCUAGCUUUUCCUCCUAGUAUUUUACACAAUAAUUCUGACUCUGAAGUUGUGAUAUAAAUAUGUCAAUAAGCUAUAAGUUGAACAUGACGGAAAAAUUAAAAGUUUAAAAAUAAAUAUGACAAAACAUCUGCCAUCAGAUACUUGAUGAAUGAAGACUUGGAUGAUGAAAUUCAGAUCAACCUAAGAGAUGAUUUAUUGAGUCGAGGGUCAAUUUAUAGGGCAAAAGAUCGAUACGUUUUAAGUGUGCGCUGUGUCAAUCUGCGAGAAUGCUGUGCAGAAGGCUUGCUGAGACAUGAGAUAGGUUUGAUAUCACUUAAUUUAAUAGAAACUUGGUUUUCUUUGAUCAUACAUUAAAAACAUCAUCUCCUUGUAGAUACAUUUUUAGACUACUAUCACAGACAUAUUAUAAGCUUCAUUCAAAUUUUAAAAUGAAUAGAAAAAUAAGAAAAACAAUUGUAAAGAUGAAAUCCAAAUUUUCAAAAUGAUCCCUUAAAGAUUAAAACAUGAUUUGUCCUCUUUCCAGGCAAAUAAUUUUCUAGCAUCUUGAUAUUAUGAUCUUCCAAAUUACCACAAUCACAUCUCAUGUUCAUCUUUUAAAUGAAACCAAAAAUAUUUGCUACAUGUACUAUUAAGAAUGUAGCACAUUUUUAAAGAAUGAAAAGUAAAUUUAAUUAUACCAUUAAAAGAAAUUACAACACAAUAUGUAGUCUGUAAUUAUCAUCUUAUGAACUUGCUCUGCUAUAUCUAUCCAAUUUUUUUGGUUAUAAGUUAUACAUAAAAAAAUUGCAGGUGUCUGUUCCAAGCAUCAUGGAAAUUGCAUUACAUGUGGUUCCUAAAAUUAGAAUUGCACUAUAAUGUGUCUUAAUAGGCAGUGUCCAAAUAGAUAAUUACAUGAACACAUUUCAUCAUCAAGAUGUGUCUAAUCUUUGACAUUGAGUAUCCAAAUUAGUUUUACUUACUUACUAAUGCCUUUCUACCCCGUUUGGGGCAUAGGCCGUCUACAAGAAUUUUCCACUCAUCACGGUCCUGUGCUUUCCUCUCCAAUUGCUUUCAAGUGUAUCCUAUAUUUUGCGUGUCUGCCUCUAGCUCGCGUCUCCAUGUAUUCUUAGGCUUUCCUCUCUUUCUUUUUCCCUGUGGGUUCCAUGUUAGGCAUUGUCUGGUGGUGCUGUCGGGGGUUUUCGGAGCGUAUGCCCUAUCCACCUCCAUCUUUUCUUUAUGAUAUUUUCAUCAAUGGGCACCUGGUAUGUUCUUUCUAGUAGAUCUUUGUUGGUGAUAGUUUUUGGCCAUUUGAUUUUUAGGAUAUUUCUAAGGCAUGUGUUUAUGAAUGUCUGCACUUUCUGCAUAAGGCUCACCAUUGUUUUCCCAGAAAGAAAAUUAUUAUUAAAGAAAAUGGGAGUCAAAGAAGCUGAAACUAAAAACCAAAGUCAGAAUCUUUAAUACAAAUGUCAAAACAGUCCUACUAUAUGGUGCAGAAACUUGGAAAACAAUAGUGAGCCUUAUGCAGAAAGUGCAGACAUUCAUGAACAAAUUAGUUUUACAUGCAUAAAUUUCUACUUGACAAUAAUUCUAAAAAAUAAUCACUUCUCAUCAAAAAGGGGAGAGUCAGGAGAAAUGGGCCACCAAAUGAACAUCAGUCAAAGAAUGCAGCUGGUGUUGACAAAUAGAAAGUUAUAACCAUAACCUUUGGCUUAUUAAUAGUCAGUCCAAAUGUGCACUUAAAAACUUAAUUUGCAAUUUGAUAGAUUUUGUGAAAUUCAAAAGAAACUGAUCACUAUGUAGGUUGAGAGAAAUGGACAUAGCGAAGGGAGAAAUGGUCAGCUAACUAAAGGUGGUUAAAACAAAUUAAUAUUUUACCUAUUUUCUAUUAAUUUUCUCUCUGUUGAGCUGUAAUGCACCAUUCAAUAUGUAAUGUAAUUAAAAAGAUAAGCAAAACCAUUUUACAUUUUAUGUAUAUUUAUUGAACAUAAUGAUGUAGACAAAAUGUAAUUUGAGCAAAACAAAACACAGAUUUAUUUAACAUUUAAAGAACUCAGAUUUUCUUUAAAGAAAAAACAUCUUUAGUCCUAGCUGUCCCAGUUUUUUGUAGUUUUGUAAGUUUGCAUUUUAUGUCUUUAAUAUAGGCACAUAGGCAAUGACUCCUACGGGUGAUCUUAUAAAUUUGCCAGUCGCUUUCUCACUUUUUCUUAAAAAUUCUACUUCCGCAUCUCCAUCUUCAUCCACUUUCUUCCUCACAACAGCAACAUAAAACAACACAGGCUUUUUUUACACUAUACUCACACAGCACACAAUCAUCUUUCAUAACUUCUUCAACACCACUCAUUUCAACACAAUUCAAGUCUUCACAGGCUGAAAUAAAGUCAUCUAAAUCAUCAAUGCCUCUCAGGUCAAAGUCAGUGUCCAUGUCAGAGUCACUAUCGUCACUUGUCCUAAUUGUGUAGCAGCUGCACGCAUCGACUCUCCCCCUUUAACGGCAUCAACUGCAUUUCACAUAUCUUCCAAGGGUAUUCGACCAUUAUCUGUUUUUCUUGUGUAUUUUCUGCAAGAAAAAAAUAUGGGAAACUUUAAAUUCUCAUCCCAUGGGAAAUUAAAAAUGUUUUUUUAAAACAAAAGAUUUAAAAAUUAAGAUGAUUUAAUUUCUACAGUACAAACAUUAUCAUACAUACAUAUAUAUUUAGCAAAACAUUUUCUAAAAUUACGUUUUGCUACAAUAAAUCAUGACUGAUAAUUCACAAUCUUUAUUUAAAAUUUAUUAACUACAGUCAUGCUCAAUAAAUUACUAGUUUUAAUUACUUCAAGAUUAUGCAGUAAUGAAGUAUAAAGAAAAUAAACAGUGGGGACCCAUUUUUUUGGCAAGUUUCACCCCACUAGGGCGUUGAUGCAGAAUUUAAAACAAACAAUUUAAGUUCGUGGUGCAAAUAAUCAAAUUUAAUAUGAAGUACUAUAACUAACUAAAUAUUGAACAUUAAACUAUAUUUACCUUUAUUCUUGAUGAACCAGUUAAAUUUCUACUCGUGAUUCUUUUGUUUCAUAGCUGACCAGUGGCGUAGCGAGGGUGUUUGGCGCCCGGGGACAAGAUUCGCGCCUGGGGACAAGAUCCAUUUUAAAGCGCCCCCUUUUCUUUUUUUAAACUCUAAAACCCAUUAUUUUACCAAUAAUAUAAUAUCAAAUCACAUUUUGGCGCCACUAACUAGCUUGCGCCGGGGACAUCUGUCUCCCCUGCCCCCCCAUCGCUACGCCUCUGCAGCUGACCAUAUAAUCUGGAAACUCUUAGAAAACACAAAAAAUAAAAAAAGAAGUAAUUUAUGCAUUCAUUUCGUUCCAAUAGAUUCGAUUUUAUAGGGGGUGGUCCAUUUCUCCCGACUCUCCCCUACAAACCACACUAAUUCUCUCAAACAUUCUUUUUUCAUCCAUAGUUAAAGUAAAUUAUUUCCUUAAUUUUAUUUAUUGAUUUACUUAACAGCAUUUAAGUCGUAUGUUUACUGUAAAUUAGCCACUGUUUAGUGCCCAAAUAAAAUGAUAUAUUUUCAAAAAAAAAAAAUAUGGAAAAAAAAAUUACAAAAAAAAAAUAUGGAAAAAAAAAUUAAUUAAAUAACUCAUUCUAUUAUCAACUUCACGACUCAUUCAAAUGAGGUUAUUUCCAUAUUUACUACAUAUAUCUACAUUUUAUUUGAGUUUCAAACUUAUGUGCCAGAUUUUAGCUAACUCUUUUGAUACAUUUAGAGAAUAUAUUAUAACUUGCAUUACAUAUAAUGUACCAAAAUAAUUCCCAAAAACAUUUGAUUAUUUUAUGAAGCUUUAAAUUAUAUUUAUUCCCUGAUCACUGUAUAACUCAAGGGCAUUAAUGACACAUUAUUUUUUUUAGUGGGAGGGAUAAAUGUAAGCAUAUUAUUAUAAUGGUAAGGAAUGGCCUGUAAAAUAUCCCAAUUGAGAAUUAAACAAAUUUUGAUGGCAUUUCAAUGAAAAAGAUGUUAUUUUACAAAAUUUGUGAUGAAAAAUUAACAGUUUUGGCAUACUUUUUUUUACCAUAGUAAUUUAAUAAAAUAACAUAGCCCCUUUUUAAUUAAAAAUAGUAAUAUCCUUUAAGUGUUAUUUAGUCAUGCAAAUUUUGAAUAUUUCACCUUUUUAACAUUCUUGUCAUAUGGAGUUAUCUUAGACUUUUACAAAUGAUGAUGAUAUUUUAUUGGAGGUUAUAAGACAGGGACUUUCAACCUUCCUCAUGUUACAUCACUCUAACACAAAUUACAUGUGGUAACUUUUCUGCAAUAAUCAAUGAAGUAUUCAAGUAUGCUUUUUUUUUUUUUUUUGGGGGGGGGGGGGGGUGUUAAUGAGUAAACGCUUACUAAGGGUUAUAAAAAAAUUUUUUUUAUCAAUGAAGUAUUCAAGUAUGCUUUUUUUUUUUUUUUUGGGGGGGGGGGGUUGUCAAUGAGUAACAGCUUACUAGAGCUUAUAAGAAAAUUUUUUUAAAGUAAUACUAUUGGCACUUUAGUUUAGAUGUUGAUGGUACUUACUCUGCAUGUAAAAUGUUCCCAAAAAACUUGUUGAAAUAUCUACAUUAUUAUUUUAUAUCGAAGUCUUAUGACAUAUUUGUUAACUUUUCAAGACCCCCAAGUUCAAAACUGUUGAUAUAAGUUAGGAAUGCCAAAGCUUAAAAAAUAGUUAAAGGUAUUCAACAGUAAUAGAUAAGGAUAAAAUUAAAAUACUAUUUUCCAACUUUACAGGCACUCACUACAUGCGCAGCUGCAAUACCUGUCUUCAGCCUUGGAAUGAUCCAAAUGUGAGAGGAAAUUUUGGUAUUGGCCCUUUGAAUCCUACAGAGGAAGGUCUGGCAUGCCUGCAUAGUGUUAUGUUUAGGUAAUAUGUUGAUCUAAAUAAGCUUUUUAAAUGUUUGUGUAAUAAAGAAGGGGUUUUAAUUGGUGUCUUGUGAGGUUCAAUUAACGGGUUACAUCAGGCCCAGAUUAACCAUUAAGCAAUUUAAGCACAUGCUUUAGGGCAUCAGGAGAAAAGGGGCAACACUAGACUUAUAAACAAAAAUCCAUAAAUAUUUUAGUACUCAUAACAUUGGAUAUAUUUUCAAUACUAAAUUAUGUGCAUCAUAAUCUCUUUAUAUAAUCAUCUGAAAGUGGCAUGUAUUUCAGGCUUAUAAAAAGCUUGCCAAAUGACAUAAAUUCCCACAAGCAUCUCUCAUUUAUCUCUCCAUUAAAUAUAGAAUGAUGAACCAAAUUGCAUCCUUUCAUUUUGAAUUUAUGAAUAAUUUUCUGGUGAAGGAUCCCCUCCCCCAUUUUCACUCAGAAGCCCUUGAUUUCUGCCCCCCCCCACCCCGACAUCAAGAUAACAUAAUGGCACCUUUUAUCUGUAGAAAAAAAUGCACUGUAUUGAAGCAGGGUUCCCAACUUAAGGAAAGUCCAUAAAAAAACUUUGAUCUAACAUAACUAAUUUUCUGUAAAACUUUUAAGAACUUUAGGAUGUCCAUAAAAAGAAAACAAAAGAAAUUAUACUUAAAACUUUUUAAGUGAUGCAAAACAGGAAAUCGAAGCAUUUGUAAUUUUUUUCUUGUUUUUUUCCAAUGUGUAUGAUCAUAAUCAGGAGGCUUUAGACACUGAUGAAAGGCCAUAACCUAUAUGUAGGAUUUUGUGCUAUAUGCUUUAAAGCUUUAAACUUGAUAAAGAAAUAGGCACUGAUAUUUUGUUUAUUGCGCCAUGGUUAAAAAAAAAUUUCUUUAAAAAUAAAUCUAAUGAGGAGGCACCAUGAGUCCAGGAUCAUUAACUGCUUUGGACAUCUAAAAGCCUUACUUUGGCCACGGUUACAAUGGACAAACAGUGUUUUUCUAUGGGGCUACAAUAGACAAAUCAUGUUUCUUUACAUCGGUUACAAUGAAUAAUAGUGUGACUAAUGGUGUUUCUCUACAUGGGUUAAAAUGGACAAAUGGUGUCUCUAAAGGGGUGAAAUGGACAAAUGGUGUGUCCCUACUGGGGUUACAGUAAAAAAUAGUGCUUCACUACAUGGGUUACAAUGGAAUAUGGUGUUAAUAAGGCAUCCCCAGGGAUUGUAACUGCAAGUGGUGUUAUAUAGAGGGUCUCUACGGGGCUUAUAAAGGUAAAGGUUUUAAUAUGGGGUCUGAGUGGGAAUGAAAAGUGUUUCAAAGAAGAAGUUUUUGACACGACAACUAGGGCCCAAUUAUUUUGGGGGAUAGGCCCCCAUAAUACUUUAUCCCACUUUGGACAAAUAUGCCCUGUAACCACUAUGUCAAAAAUGAUUGUUAAAAAAAAACUUGCUCUAUAAUUAGAUAUAUUCUUUAAACAUUUGAUAAGCUUUAGCUUAAAUAUCAGAUAAAUGGAUUAGGUACAGGUCGACUUUGACCCAAAUUGACAUGAUAAUUACUUAGUAGAUUUUAUGCCAUGGGCAGAUUUAAGAAUACAUAGUAUGCAGAGAUGUAGGCAAAAAUCAUCUAUCAAUAAUGGUGAGGUGAAUUUUCUUGUCAAUUAAUUUAUAAUUUAUAAUUUUAGGAAUAAACCAUUUUUAAUGCAUGCUGCACUGCUCUACUAUACCACAUACAAGGCCUCUCAAAUGUCAUUUAGAGAUAUUUUUCAUGAUCUGGGCAAAUAUGUUACUAGUCCUGAUGUCCGAUGGGACUAUUGUCUGAGAGCUAAACGGGGACAGGUGGAUACAUCACGUCGUGGUAAGUAUAACUUUAUUUGACUAAUCUUUGUGAUAGAACUGCAUCUCAAGGACAUGGACCCAUGUCAUAUAGUUGGUGACAUGUAGCAUGGGACCAGGAUGAGUUUGAUGUUAAUGAAGGACUACAUACUUAAUUGAAAGAGUUAACACAUGGCUUGCUAGUUAUAAACAACAAAAUAUUUAUUUUCUAUUUAAACUAAGGAUUUAAUGCUUCUAUACAACCUUACAACCUGAUAUUCUUAUAUAAAGCGAUCAUGGGACUGGUGCCAGCCAUCCCAGCAGGCAUGUACCUCACCCCACGGAAGCCGGGUAGACUGAUCAGAGCAAAACGCUCACUGAACACUGACUUCACCACUGACAUCCCCAUAAACAAUUACACCAGAAACAAUAGCAAAUGCUUCAAAGUGCCUCAGUGCAAUAUCAACAAUCUUUAUUCCCACGCACAAUAAUAGCAUGGAACCACCUGAAUGAUGCCACUGUGAACUCGACAUUGGUCGAAAGCUUCAAGGCUGCCCUGGCAUCAGCUAGGAGCUGUUAGAAUAGCAACAUCAUAUCCCCAACCGUUGCAAAGAUGCCAGUACAUGGAUGCAGCAAUGAAACAUUACCAGAACCAGAACUUCUAAAACAAAUCAAUGGACAUAUAUGACAUGUAUGAAAUGACGAUGCUAGAAGGAACAUUUUAAAAUGCACAACUAAACAACUAGUACUUAAACUCUAUAACUAUCUUUGUCAAUAACUCUACAACUCUGGAUAACUCUAGAUAAACAACACAUGAUAGGCUGACAAAUUGACUCUGCUAAAAAGGUAUCUUAGUUAUAUAUGUCCUCUCUGUCUCCAUCUAAUAUCUCGAAACAAUCAUCAUGCUCUACAACUGCUAUUGUUAUAGACUACCACACUUGUUUAUUCACACAUAAUUAUACAACUAUCAACCGAUCAAGAUUCAAAACUUAUAUCCUGUUUCCUAGUGCUACUAAGCUCCAUCAAGCAUGGUAUCACAACCUUUUGUUGUCUAAUGCCUUGAAAUGCAUUCAAUGGACUGCUGUGGACUGUCUUGUUGAAUAACUGAAUUUAUUUUAAGUUUAAGGUGUGGACCAUAACAAAGGGAGAUAAGUAGGUUUGAAAAGCAUGACUUGUGCAUGAGAAAUCAAAGCAACAAACUGGUUGUCAAAAACUUUGUCUCAAUGGACGAACUGGGAUCAGCAAUGAAAAUAACAGAAUGAUAUAAACAGUUAUUAAAAAAAAAUAUUAGCUAUGAAAAUUAAAAAAACUAUGGGUACUGGGUUUUUAAAACUUUACCCCUAAUGGCUUUACUCCAUAUUUAACCCAUAAUUCAAUGGAGAUAAGAUUAACUAGUAAUUUAAAGAUUUGUAGAUAUCAUGUUAUUACCCUUUCAGGGCCAUCUUAACAGAAUUGAGGGCCCCUGAGCAUAGUAAUGCACUGGGUCCCUGAUUCCUCUCUGUAAGAAAUCUAAGAAUACAUUGUGAAUAUUGAAUCUAAGGCACCUGGACAGUGUCCUGAUUGGCCCAUUCAUUAAGAUGGCACUGGUCCCACUAUGAUUUUAUUUUUAAAUUUGUGAUGGGUCUGCAACUAAAACAAUAUCUUAACAUUUGUGAUAAACUGAUAUUACUUUGUUGGAUUAUUUGGAUGCAAAUAAUAAUAAUAAGAAUAAUAAAGUUUAUUUGAAAAACACGCUUCGUCCCCAAAAGCUCGAAGCGCGGUAAAAAGUCAACCAUAUUAAAAAGAGAAAUAAAAGCAAUAAAAAAUUUACCACAUUUAAAAAACAGACGCAACAAUAUAAAACUAAUAGGAGCAUACCAAGUCAAAGUCUUUCAUCCCAUUUCAACCAUAAGCCAAUAUACAUUAACUGAAAAAAGGUGGUAGAUAGCAUCAUAAAUAGCGUAUCACUUAUCAUUCACACUUGUCCUCCAUAUUCGCAGGAAUUCCCCUUCCUGGUAUAUAUGGAAGCUGUUAUGCCAUAAGUUAAAACUUAAACUAGGUGUUUUGCUUUCACCCCCUUCUUCUAACUUUUGAAGUUUAAAAUAUUAUGUAUGUAUGUUAAUUAUAACUUAUUUAUUAUAAUUAACAUAUAACUGUAAUUAAAAUGUCAAAAUAAUUUCUCACUUCAUAUUCUGUAGGAAGUUUUUCAAAAGAUCAAGUGUAUUUAGAAGGAGCAUUACAGUUGCUUAAAAGAAGAACAACUAUUGACUUUGAAAUGUUAGUUAGGCUCGGUAAGGUUUCUUAUCAGGAUCUCAGCCGAAAAUGUGUUAUUGAUGCGGCACGACUGCAGAAGACACGUAUCCCGAAAUUCAUGGAAGACAUUCAACUUUAUCACAAUCAGCUUAACCGGGUUGUCAGAAUCAAUGGUCUCAAUGAUUCUUUGUUGGCCAUGGUCGAGUAAAGUCUUAGGUUUUACUCAUUUAAAUUGUAGGAUUUUUACAUUAAAUAAUUUUAGUGCUGAAAGUAUGAAUAAAUAAACCUUGCUGCUUUGUACUGUCACAGAUGACCAGAAUCUGAAAUAUUUAUAAAUACUUGUGAAAUAAUUGUCUCAUGUUAGAAUUGAAGCUGAUGUCUGAAAAACUUUUUGAAUGUAUAAAAGUGCAUCAAUGAGACUAGCUUGCAGAUAGUUGAGAUAGAAUUAUGAUCAUGUAGUACAAUAAAAAUGUGUGUCAAUAUCACAUGAAGUGACUCAUAAGCUAAAAAGUCAAUGUGCUGAGGCAUCUAAGCCAGUUAGUUUCCUGUUUUUAAAGAAUUGUGUGAAUGCAUUUUGAAGCAAUUUUAUGUAGCACCAUCAGGUUAAAUGCAAUAAGUUAAAUAAUUUUGUAGUGUGUAAGAAUUUUCAAUCAAGUUGAAUAUAAUAUUUUGUAUAAUAAGGGAUAAAGUCUGGGGUACAGCUUAUAGAUAAUAUAUCAAACCGUUGUUGAUCAUUUAAGUGAGCAUUUGGCUGAACAAUUUCAAAAUCUGUGGAGCUGCUUCAUGACUUGCUUUGACUUUCACAUGAAUUAUUUACAUCAAAUGGGAUAGGGCACUAUAUAUCUUUUAUUGACACUAAAUUAAAUCUACAUAAUUUCGUGUGUUUAAGGAUGGCGCUAUAUUGACCCAUUUAUAGCAUUAUUUAAUCCAGUUGAGUUUGGUUCUCACUCUCUUGAUCAAUAUCAAAUUUAUAGCAUUAUUUAAUCACAGCUGAGCUUGGUUCUCUCUUGAUCCGUAUCAAAUUUAUAGCAUUAUUUAAUCACAGCUGAACUUGGUUCUCUCUUGAUCCGUAUCAAAUUUAUAGCAUUAUUUAAUCACAGCUGAGCUUGAUUCUCUCUUGAUCCAUUUACAAAUUCAUAGCAUUUAAUCCCUGGUGAUCUUGGCUCUGUCUUAGAUAAUAUUUAUCAAUAUUGAUUUUAUCCCUAUGGCAACAUGCUUGUAUUACUAAUUUGAUUGUUUUAUUAUUUUUAAAGAAUUUAUACGAUUUUUAAUAACUGUGGCAGCAUUAUAAAUUAUUUUGAUUCACUUUUCUGUUAAUAAUAUAUCUAAAAUGUUGACGGACCUAUCAUCCUCUAUUUUAUUGUAUAACUGAAUUAUAUUUAUUUAACUUUUAAACUAGUCAUUUUCAUCCAUCAAAGAACAGAAGAAAUACAUUAAAUUCAGGAAUAAAUUGAAUAUUACUACAUUUCUGUGUGAAUAUUGUC